AUGUUUUACUCAAUUUUCAAAAGAGCAAAAGAGAGAACAGAAUCACUUGACUCGCAGCUAGAUCAGGAUUUAAUCGUGGCCGACAAAGUAGAUGACCCUGACCCUGUAAUUCUGAAACGACUUACAAACAAGCUGCAUCUCAUGAUGAUCAAUGACCUUAAAAGAGAGUCAGUUGCUUUCCAUGAAAUGUUUAUCACAAAUGAUGAAGUUCCAGGGGACUCAUUUCAAAAGAUGCUGUCCUUGCUUAACAAGUUAAUGGAGUAUGUACUACUAGAGAACCCAACAAAUGAUGCCCCUGAAAGUGAUAAGGACUUGGUUAAGCACAGAUCUCCUGUUAUUCCAGAUGAUUUUAGGUGCCCAAUAUCACUUGAGUUGAUGAAAGACCCUGUGAUUGUCUCCACUGGACAGACAUAUGAAAGAUCCUGUAUUCAAAAGUGGAUAGAUAUACCUGGCAGUACCAGGGAUUGCGUGUCCUCAUCCAGUAACAGGUCUACUCUAGUUAUCCAUUUUCUCAAGUAGGACUAGUUAUUUUUAUAUUUUAAUAUAAUGAAGAAAUCUACUUUUAGGUUGGUGAUUUAUGGCUUGUUCGGAGAUUCAAAUGGCUGUAAAGAAUGAAGAUUAUGUAACUAUAUUUGUGUCUAAGAUAUGGAAAGACAGUCACUUAACAUUUUCAGUAUGCGACUUCUAGGGGCUUAGGUUUGUUUUCUAUAUACUUAAUUUCUCUGCCAGAACAUUAUUUUGCUAUAGGACAUAAUUUCUUUUAGGCAUA